UUGCUAGUCUAGCCUACUGGUGGAAUGGAAUAUGAUCAAAUGUUACCAACAACCUGGUACGGUUGCUACCUACCACAAGCUCACCAUGACCUUUCUGAGAUUCCAGAAGCACUUGUGAGAGGAUUAGAGCUCACAGAAUCUAUUAUAAACCCUACCAAAAGAUACUACCUAACCAACAACAAAAAAAGAAUUGUGGAGUUCAUUCUAGGGUUCUUGUAGUAGCUGGACCCCCACCUAAUAAUUCUCCCUCUUUUGCAAGCUUAUGUGUUACUAAUUAUUGGCCCUUCUCCUUUCGCCUUCUCCCUCAAAUUGAUCCUUAGAUUCGUUCUUCUUAUCCCAUGGCGGGGAUGAAUAAAGGAACUGUGAUGGCAGCAUUCUCCACCCAAUGAAGAAGAAAGCUUGUUGAGAAAACUUCACUUCACUUUCUCCCUUAUCUUUGCUUCUCUUUCCUCUUCCUUCCUCCUCCCUUCUUUGCUUCAUGUGAGCCCGGGCUUCAGGGGGAUCAGAUGGCGCUGCUCGAAUCCCGAACGUCCAGCAUGAAGCACACAUCAUCCUUCAGCAAUCGCCGGAGGAAGGGCAAGUACUCUGCCUUCGUCCUGGUCGUCUCGGUGGUCCUCUUCUGCACCUUCGUGUACGACGGGGACGUCCAGUCGGUCGCUGAGUAUGAUUUUGGCAGCGGAGCUAAUCCUUCGGGCAUUACUCACCAAGAAUUCGCCGUAGCUGAGGCAAGCAGAAAGGAAGACCAUGAAGCCAAGAGGAGGACGGAGACCUCAGAGGGUGACAUGGUCCAAGAGCAGCCGACAGCGCCGGGAAUUGCCAAGGAAGACGUCGUGCGAGUGAUGGAGUCACCGGUGGCUACAGGAGCUGUGCAUGAAGAGGCCGCCAAGGAGGCCGAGCGGCAGCCACGAGUAGUCCUCGACGUGCCGGAGAGUUGCGACCUGUUCACCGGCCGAUGGGUCUACGACGACGUGAGCUACCCUAUCUACGAGGAGCAGGAGUGCCAGUUCUUGACGGAGCAAGUGACCUGCAUGAGGAACGGCCGGCGCGAGGACAGCUACCAGAAGUGGCGGUGGCAGCCCCAAGAUUGUUCUUUGCCCAGAUUCGAUGCGAGGGUGAUGCUGGAGAGGCUGCAAGGGAGGCGUCUCAUGUUCGUGGGCGACUCCCUGAACCGGAACCAGUGGGAGUCGAUGGUGUGCCUCGUCCAAUCCGCGGUGCCAUGGAACAAGAAGACCCUCACCAAGAACGGCUCGCUCAACGUAUUCCGGAUCGAGGAGUACAAUGCGACCGUGGAGUUCUACUGGGCGCCGUUCCUGGUGGAGUCGAACUCCGACGACCCGAGGAUGCACAGCAUCCUUAACCGCAUCAUCGACCCCAAGUCGAUCGCGAAGCACGGCAAGCACUGGAAGAACGUGGACUACCUCGUCUUCAACACCUACAUCUGGUGGAUGAACACCCCAACCAUGAAAGUCCUACGAGGAUCUACGGAGUACGAGGAGGUGGAGCGGGCAUCGGCUUACAGGCGUGUGUUGAACGCAUGGGCGAAGUGGGUGCAGAAGAACGUGGAUCCCAACCGCUCCAUGGUGUUCUUCAUGAGCAUGUCACCCAACCACAUCAGGAGCACGGACUGGGGCAACCCGGACGGGAUCAAGUGCGCGUUGGAGACGCAGCCGGUGGCGAACCUCUCCCGUCCGCUCGACGUCGGCACGGACUGGCGGCUGUUCGCGGUGGCGGAGAACGUGAUCAGGAGGAUGAAGAAGGUGCCGGUGUCGUUCGUGAAGAUCACGGCGCUGUCGGAGUACCGCAAGGACGCGCACACCUCCGUGCACACGCUCCGGCAGGGGAAGCUGCUGACGGCGGAGCAACAGGCCGACGCCGCCACCUACGCGGACUGCAUCCACUGGUGCUUGCCGGGCCUGCCGGACACCUGGAACGAGCUCCUCUACGCCCGGAUAACCUCCUCCCGGUAGCGCGACGACUGAGAGCCGACGGCAACCAUCGUUCACACAAAUUUCUUGGAAUUUUUCCUUCUUUUGUGGAGAUUCUUCUCUGUAACGUAAGUCUCAACUAGACUUUCUUGUAUCAAAGCAUGCUUUACACC